CUCCGCUGCCCAACGAGUCACGCCAUUGGCGGGUGAGUGAUGGGGGAAGUGUAGCUCCUCUGAAAGUUGGUUACCUUCUGCCAGUAAAGUAUAAGAAAGAAAACUUGUAAGUAAUCGCUGGUGGAGGAAAGUUAACUUUAUUCCGGUGUUUUUAGUAGUGGCGUUGUUCUGUCAUGGAGUUUGGCGAAGAGUCGUCGCCCGCUCUGGCUUUCGAGAAGGACGCGUUUGAGCUCACGGUCGAAGAUGUUUAUGACAUUUCGUACGUAAUCGGACGAGAUUUGCUAAAAAUAAGCAGCACAGGAGAAGAAGUGUCGGAUUUGCAGUUCAGAAUAGUCCGCGUUUUAGAAAUGUUCGAGACUUUGGUCAAUAAGUACAACUUGUCUCUGGAGGAGCUGAAAAUGGAGCGGGACAACUUGAAGAGUGAACUGGACAGGAUCAUAAAGGAGAGCUCCUCCGGGCAGGGCACGCAAACAGCGGGGCCAAACCAGCUGGUGGUGGACCUCACAGACCCCAACAGACCGCGGUUCACCAUGCAGGAGCUGAAGGAGGUGCUGCAGGAGAGGAACCAGCUGAAGGCUCAGCUCAUGGUGGCUCAGGAGGAGCUCCAGCUGUACAAGAGUGGGAUUCUGCCACAGGCUGAACCACCCAUGGUGGAAGUGGAUCUGGAGAAACCAACAGCUACAGAGCCCAGUCCAGCCACAAUAAAUGAUGUAAAAGAGGAGAAGACAACCAUAGGGAAAUUGUUUUCAUUCAGGCGAAAAUAAGAAAAACUGAAGAACUGACCAUGUAGAAGACAAACAGGAUUUGUCGGCACAUUUUUCUCAUCAGUUAACCACUUUUAUAUUGACUAUUUUUUACAAUGUGUAUUUGUCAGUCUAACAAGCGCUGUAUUUGUACUUGUAAUUUUAACCUAAGAUGGUUUAUGGUAAAACAGAGUUAUUGUAGUGGAAAUACAGUAUAUAUUACGUGGGAUGUUUGCUGACAUCAAAUGUAACUGGAAAGUAUUAUUUAGCUACUGUUGGAGAUUAUGCUGAAAGCAUUCACUCAAAAUGAAGUUAUCUAUAGGCUUGAAAAUAAGUCUUCAAGUGGCUUUGUGUAAUAAAGCUGGAGUGCAAUGAGAAUUCAAUUUUGUUUUAUUCCUCAAUUUACAGCACAGUUAAUAAUUUACAAUUGCAAAUUGAAUAGUCAGAAUUAUAUUCAUUACAAAAGAAAACUCCACGGACAAUGUGAAACACUACUUAUCCAGGAGAGAGACACUUCAAGCUUAAAUCUCUGCUACAAUUAGAUAAGAAAUUUAUAAAAGCAUGAUAAAAACAAUUGUUGCAAAAAUACACUUUUCAUGAGUUAAAGCUUUCGUCUCCAUUUAAAACAAAAGCAUUUUUAUACUUCAUAAAAAAAGCAUGUGGAGGACUGCUCAUCAGUAUCAUCUUUUACAAAAAAGAUAAGCAGGACAGCAGAGAGCACCAAUUCAUCUGAAAUACGAACACUC